CCAGCAGAGCGAUGUCAAAAGUGUUGAGACAGCAGAGGAAAUGAAAAUAUAUAUUUUUUCAGCAUGUACAAUGUAACUCGGGUUAAAGAUAUAGGCUAUAGCAUAUCGGGGAGGAAGCUCUAUAAUUAACAUGAGCUUUACAACCUGGUCACAUGAACUUUGAGUCCGAUCCACACAUGCAUUUAACUUAGCUGACAACAAUAUAGCAAAAGCUUGUGGUUUAACAUGCAAUGCAGAUACGGCAACAUUGUGACAGCGCUACCUUUGGGAUCAAACACGAGUUUGUUGUCAUUGUCCAUUGCACCAUCAGGUUAAUCUAUCCCCGACUAAUUCUUAUCACGGCUAAAGUUUAAACUGGAAUCACAAUGCUUCCUGAUUUAUCAAUUAUGGUGUGUAGUUCAUUGGUCAUCCUCGCACUGGCGCGGUAUGGCCACCAUAGAAAGACUGGAAAUAACUUCUAGAUAGUAAAGACUGCGUUAAGAAGACGCAGACACGUGGUUCAGCAGUUGUUUAUUCGUUGUUUCGCCAGAGACACUUUUAUAUCUUUAAAAAGACUUUGGUUUCGCCCAGUUAGCGCUUUAAAUGCGGCUGGGUUUGGUUCAGAUUUUGAAUAGAAAUAUUAUAUAGUUGAACGUUUGAUCAGUUUAAUAGAAUACAGUUUUUAAGUUUGGUUUCUGUAUCUGAAGAGAAACACCUUGGAACUUUGAAGACAUUAUGUUCUGCACAUUUAUAUACCCAAGAUGAUGCACAUGAAGUUAACAUCUGUGAACUACUUUCUUCGGGGUUUUCAUUGGCUUAAAGGCAAUAUUUGCUAAUUUCCUAUUGGUCAAAAUAGGCUCCAAGUUUUACAUCAAACCAUGCUAGUCGGAAUUAGCUUUUCAACAGUCUUAGCAAACCAUGGGGGACUGAAUGAAAUGCGAUUCAGUCUGUAGCAGAGCCAGGUGGUACAGUGUUUUAUGUUAAAGUUUUUUUGUAUUUCGUCCGUAUUGAGUCCGUGUUGAGCUCAACAAUGUCUUUGACUAACAAAAUUUUAAAACUUAUCGUGGCAAGUGGAGUUUUAUUUUUGGUUGUACAGUACUUGCGAUAUUGGAUGGUAAACAAACAGUAUGUGUUCAACAAGGACGAUAUAGCUAACUUGGCUAAACAGUAUGCGGGUCAGGAUCAUGAGCAGGCGUUUGCCAAAGUGGUGGUGGAGCUUCGUAAGAAGUACCCAGGUCACAUCCUGGAUGAUGAGGACCUCCAGUGGGUGUUUGUGAAUGCCGGUGGCUGGAUGGGAUCCAUGUGUCUCCUCCACGCCUCUGUAACCGAAUACGUCCUGCUCUUCGGAACAGCAGUGGACACAGGUGGACACUCGGGCCGUUACUGGGCAGAGAUAUCAGACACCAUCAUCUCUGGGACAUUUAGGCAGUGGAAAGAAGGAACCACGAAAAGUGAGAUGUAUUAUCCCGGCGAUACGAUCGUGCACGAGGUGGGCGAGGCGACGUCCGUGCAGUGGAGUGCCGGCACGUGGAUGGUGGAGUACGGCCGAGGCUUCAUCCCGUCCACGCUGGGCUUCGCUCUGGCCGAUACGGCCUUCAGCACGCAGGACUUCCUGACGUUCUUCUACACAGCCAGGGUCUACAUGAAGGGCUUGCUCCUGGAGGCGAACACCUUCCUCACAGAGGCUGGCAUCUUCUGACCAAACAGAUCUUAACAGUCCCUCCUCUCUCUGUCUCUCUCUCUCUCCCUCUCUCUCUCUCUCUCAAUCUAUCUAUCUUUUUAUCCCUCUCUCUCUGUUGUCUGUGUUCUGAAUCUGUCCUACAUGGGUUAGGCUAACUGUGAAGCACUUUUGAUGACUGGUAAAAGAUGUCCUAGGCCUGCAAAGGCCAGCCAGACAGGCUGUGAUGCAAACUGAACAUUUUAAUACUGACUAAUCAACCUGUCCACAACUCGGUUCCAGUCUACAACUACAGCCACUGGCUAUUCCCUUUUUCUGUUUACAGUCUACACGGUUUUGUUCUCAUUAAGAAUGUGAUAUGAGAUCUAGAACUUGGGUAGUGUCAUGACAGACUGUCAUGUGCAUGCACUCUGAGAAAAUUGGAACUGACGUGCAAGCCAGGCAUACAGUGGUCUUUUUUUCCCCCAUGUUAUGAUUUCAGUUGGUGUAGGAAUAUUUCUUCGGUUUGAUUAAUCACUUACUGGUCCAGAAAGUACUGUGAAUUUAAUUAGUUAUCAUUCACAGAUGCACUGCCCUAUAAAUCUGUCGGUUUAGAGUUAUGGGUGUGUCAAUAUCUUUGUUAAUGUCAUGUUUGAUACUGUAAUUGCCCAUGCUAUUGUCUUCAUGAACUACAAAGCUGUACUGUAAACAUGAAGUCAGUCCUGCAUGCUCCCUCCACCCAGUUGGUAAUGUUUGAAACGUUCUGUCUAAUAAAUGCAACUGCACUACA